AUGAAAGUUUGGGUAAGUUUCCUCGUGUUUACGUUCGUCUGGUUUGCAGACAGCGCACAGAAACAAGACGUACCGGUGAUAGACGUGUUGAGUUUGGAGGAUGUGAAGCAGACCGUGGCUGCGGUGGAGAAGAUCUCUUUAGCUCUGAAACUCAGUGAUGUGUAUGUGAUGUCUUCCUUCCGUCUGCCUCCUAAACUGGGUGGAGUUCUGCUGGGCCUCUACAACAAGCAGGAUAACAAGAAAUACCUGGAGGUUGUCAUCAUGAGCAAGAUUAACAAAAUUCUGUUCCGGUAUGUUCGUGAAGAUGGGAAGCUGCACACAGUCAAUCUGCAGAGCCCAAAUCUGGCAGACGGACAGUCUCAGUCUGUUAUACUCCGUGUGGGUGGCCUGCGCAGAGAGUACCUGAGCCUCGAGCUCUAUGUGAACUGUCGUCUGGCUGACUCCGCCCAGCGGCUGCCCCCAUUGGUCUCUCUGCCAAGUGAUGCAGAGCUGGUGGAGAUUCGGAAUGGCCAAAAGGCAUACACUCGGAUGCAGGGUUCAGUGGAGUAUCUUAAAGUGGCACUAGGGGGCACUGUUGCCCAGGCUGGGGCUCUUACCGACUGCCCCUUUCAGGGAGACUCCUCUUCAUAUAACAUAGUGAACGGUGAGGUUAAUUCUAUUCUAGGUGACCACACUAAAGCUCUGAUUGGGCAGUUGAUCAUCUUUAACCAGAUCUUGGGAGAGCUGAGAGAGGACAUCAGAGAACAGGUGAAAGAAAUGUCUCUCAUCAGGAAUGCUAUUCUGGAGUGCCAGAUGUGUGGAUUUAAUGAGCCACGUUCACGCUGUCAGCCCAACCCCUGCUUUAAGGGCGUGGCCUGUAUGGAGACGUUUGAUUUCCCAGGGUACCGCUGUGGCCCCUGUCCGGAGGGUAUGACGGGGAACGGCACACACUGUCAGGAUAUAGAUGAGUGUGCAGAGGCUCAGCCGUGUUACACACCAGGCGCAUGUGUCAACACAGCAAAAGGGUUUACCUGUGAGCCUUGCCCACCUGGACUGUGGGGUCCUCCUCUCUCUGGAUUCGGUGUGGAAUAUGCUAAGAGUCACCGUCAGGAAUGUUCUGAUAUUGAUGAAUGUCUUGAUUUGGCCAACGCCUGCACACCCAACUCCUUCUGCAUCAACACCAUUGGAUCAUAUCGAUGCGGUCAGUGCAAGGUUGGAUAUGUUGGGAAUCAGACAACUGGAUGUUUCCCUCGGAAAUCAUGCGCUACACUCAGUUUCAACCCCUGUGACACUAACGCUCACUGUGUCAUUGAGCGGAAUGGCGACGUUACCUGUGCUUGUAAUGUGGGAUGGGCCGGUAAUGGUCACACCUGUGGAAAGGACACGGAUAUUGAUGGUUAUCCGGAUCGCUCCUUGCCCUGCAUGGACAAUGACAAGAACUGCAAACAGGACAACUGCAUCUUUACACCCAACUCCGGUCAGGAAGAUGCAGAUAAUGAUGGGAUUGGAGACCAGUGUGAUGAGGAUGCAGAUGGAGAUGGAAUAAAAAAUGUAGAGGAUAACUGUCGGUUGGUUUCCAAUAAAGACCAGCAAAACUCUGACACUGAUUCAUUUGGUGACUCAUGUGAUAACUGUCCCACCGUUCCCAACAUUGACCAGAAAGACACUGACAAUAACGGAGAGGGAGAUGCAUGUGAUGAGGACAUCGAUGGAGAUGGAAUCCAGAACGUGCUGGAUAACUGUCCCAAAGUGCCAAACCCAAUGCAGACAGACCGAGACAGAGACGGAGUGGGUGAUGCAUGUGACAGCUGUCCUGAGAUCAGCAACCCCAUGCAGACAGAUGUAGACAAUGACUUAGUCGGGGAUGUUUGUGACACCAAUCAAGACACUGAUGGAGACGGACACCAGGACACUCGAGAUAACUGUCCCGACAUUCCAAACAGCUCUCAGCUCGACUCGGACAAUGAUGGGAUCGGAGAUGACUGUGAUGACGACGACGAUAAUGAUGGGGUCCCAGACAAUCACGCCAUCAACGGCAUCGGACCCGAUAACUGCAGACUCAUUUCCAACCCAAAUCAGAAAGACUCAGACAGUAACGGAGUCGGCGACGUAUGUGAGAAUGACUUUGACAAUGAUGCGGUGAUGGAUUUGAUUGACGUGUGUCCAGAAAGUGCUGAAGUCACACUUACAGAUUUCAGAGCCUAUCAGACAGUCAUUCUGGACCCAGAGGGUGACGCUCAGAUCGACCCCAACUGGGUGGUGCUCAAUCAGGGUAUGGAGAUUGUUCAAACCAUGAACAGUGACCCGGGCUUGGCAGUGGGUUACACAGCGUUUAAUGGUGUGGAUUUCGAGGGAACAUUUCAUGUUAACACUGUGACUGACGACGACUAUGCCGGCUUCAUCUUUGGCUAUCAGGAUUCAUCUAGUUUCUAUGUGGUGAUGUGGAAGCAGACCGAACAGACAUACUGGCAGUCGAUACCCUUCAGGGCCAUGGCUGAACCAGGCCUGCAGCUCAAGGCAGUGAAGUCUCGUACAGGCCCCGGUGAGUUUCUUCGUAAUGCUCUGUGGCACACGGGAGAUACGGAUGGAGAGGUGAAACUACUCUGGAAAGACCCACGAAAUGUCGGCUGGCAAGAUAAAACCUCGUACCGGUGGCAGCUCAGCCAUCGUCCACAGGUCGGCUACAUCAGGGUGAAGCUGUAUGAAGGCACAGAGAUGGUGGCUGACUCUGAUGUUGUGAUUGACACCAGUAUGAGAGGGGGGCGUCUGGGCGUGUUCUGCUUCUCUCAAGAGAACAUCAUUUGGUCCAAUCUGCGCUACCGCUGUAACGAUACUGUUCCAGAGGACUUCAGUACACACCGUAAACAGGUUCUAAUGCACAUAAAGGUGUGAGGGGAGUGAGACGCCCUCCGUCUCUCUCUCUAGACCCUCUGAAACCCACAGAACUCCUGUGUGCGAGGGGCCCAACAACCAGGACAGAUGAGAGAUUUACCCAGCGUCUGUGUCACUCUGGAUG